AUGUCCUCGUUCUCCAAAACUGUUUCACUUAGUAAAAUUGUGUACCCUAUGAAAGAGAGCUGGACCACAGAUGAAAGUUUGGGAGGCACUUAUGAAGGAACAGAGCCAAUGGGGUUGCUGUGGAGCAUGAGACCCGCACCAGGAAGUCCAAAAGGACUCAGAAUACGCAAGAGGGAUAUUCUUACACCAAUGGUAGUUCACAUUUCAGUAUACAGUGGGCAUCUAUCUGAAGGCUUCAGCGAGGAACCACCCCUGGCAACAAGUGUCAUAGAGCGCUGGCAUGUAGCACCAGGUGUGAAAAGGAUAAACAUCAGGGAGGAAGAAGUACAAGGAACACUUUUCCUACCUCCAGGCCCUGGGCCGUUCCCAGGAGUGCUGGAUCUGUGGGGAGCAGGUGGUGGUUUGGUCGAAUAUCGCUCUGCCCUGCUUGCAUCUCAUGGCUUUGCAUCUAUGGCACUUGAUUACUUCGCUCCAAAAGGGCUGAGAAUGCAAGAUGUUGAUAUUGCUUACUUUGAGAAAGCAUACCAGAUCCUGAAGAAUCAUCCAUUGGUACAGACGGAUCAACUGGCUGUCCUUGGGCUGUCUUUUGGAAGUAUAGUCACACUCAGUAUUGUGGCCUACUCCAAUGUCAUCAAGCCCCAGUGUUGUGUGUCUAUUAAUGGAAGUCACCUGAUUCCUUUCGACCAAAACCUCUUUGAAAUCAUUGAGGAGAUGAAAAAGAAUGUAGAUAAACUACGUGGGAAUGACAAAAACCAGGUAGUUCACAGAGAUAUUUUCUUUAGCACUUCCCCAGACCCACCAGCCAAAGUAGAUGUUGGGAGAAUAAAGUGUCCACUUCUGUUGGUGACUGCUGGCGAUGAUCAGGCUGUACCUGCAGUUGAAUGUGCUGAAGAUAUGGAGAUGAUGAUGGAGAAAGCAGGAAGUCGCCACUUGGUGGAAGUCCUGACGUAUCCCGGGGCUGGUCAUCUUAUUGAACCACCAUAUUCACCUCACUUUCGUGCAACUAACUUCAACCUUUAUUUGACAAAACAGAAAGUUGUCAUGCUAUGGGGUGGACAAACCCAGUCACAUGCGUAUGCACAAGAGGACUCAUGGAAUAAGAUAUUAGCAUUUCUGCGGGAGCACCUCUGCUUCAAUGAAACACUGCAUUAA